AUGGGAUCAGAGAAUUACACACAAAUUUCAGAAUUUGCCCUACUAGGAAUUUCAGAAGAUCCCAGAGUGCAGCCCCUCCUCUACGGGCUCUUCCUGUCCAUGUACCUGCUCACCUUGCUCGGGAAUCUGCUCAUUGUCCUGGCCACUGUCUCUGACUGCCGUCUGCACACACCCAUGUACUUCUUCCUCUCCAACCUGUCCCUUGUGGACAUCUGCUUUACUUCCACCACCGUCCCCAAGAUGCUGCUCAAUCUCCAGACACACAGCCGGGCCAUCAGCUACGCGGGCUGCAUCGCCCAGAUGUAUUUUUUCAUAUUCUUUAUAGACUUGGAUAUUUUCCUGCUGACGGUGAUGGCCUACGACCGCUUCGUGGCCAUCUGUCACCCGCUGCACUACACGAUCAUCAUGAGCCCUCGGCUCUGUGUGCUGCUGGUGCUGAUCUUCUGGGUCGUAAAUGUCCUGUAUUCUCUGUUACAGAGCCUAAUGGUGCUUCCACUUUCUUUCUGUACUCAUGUUGAAAUUCCCCACUUUUUCUGUGAACUUAACCAGGUGGUCCGUAGCGCCUGUUCUGACACUUUUCUUAAUGAUGUGCUGAUGUAUUUUGCCACUUUUCUACUGGUUUGCUGUCCCCUCACUGGCAUUCUUCACUCUUACUCCAAGAUCAUUUCCUCCAUCUGUAAAAUCAAUUCAGCCCAGGGGAAGUACAAGGCCUUCUCCACCUGCGCGUCUCACCUGUCUGUGGUCUCCUUGUUUUACUGCACGCUCCUGGGUGUGUACCUCAGUUCGGCGGUGACCCAAAACCCUCAUUUGUCAGCCACAGCUUCGGUGAUGUACACGGUGGUCACCCCCAUGCUGAACCCCUUCAUCUACAGCCUGAGGAACCAAGACAUCAAGAGGGCUUUGAAAAGACUUUUUGAUAUGAAAUCUCUAAAAGGCCAGCUUUAUGGAGACUAA